UCAUUUUCAGGUAAAUCAUAUUUUUCACCAUGCCAUCUGUUUUUCUCGAUAGACUUCCUCUGCCAAGCUUACAAGCUUAUGCAACAAUAAGUGUAUUACUUUUUUCAUGUUCAAUUUAUUAUGCCAUACAAGUAACUUCAGAACCUGGCUGGAGCAUGAAUAAUACUCAAAAUGUUAAUUCUUCAGAUGGAGAACUUGGAAAUGAAACAGAAUCUAUGGAAAAUAUAAGAACACUUCUUCAUAAAAUGCUUUUAAAUAAUGUUAUUACAAAAAGACUGUAUGAAAUAAUAUUCUUCAUAAUUGAGGAACCAUUGUGUAUUUGGACUUUGGUGAACAUGGUUUACUGUUUAAUGAUUUUAGUUGGCAAGUGCAUUCAGAAGUUUGUGUUUGGAGAUUUGAGAGUUGUAGAGCAGCAACAUAUCAAAGAUAAGUUUUGGAACUUUGUGUUUUACAAGUUCAUUUUUAUAUUUGGAGUCAUGAAUGUCCAAUACAUGGAUGAAGUAGUCAUGUGGUGUGGAUGGUUCUCAAUUGUGGGUGCUUUUCAUCUGUUAUCUCAGCUAUGCAAAGACAGAUUUGAAUAUCUUUCUUUCUCCCCUACUACUCCUAAAUGGACUCAUCUACGAUUAUUUGCUUUGAUAUUCUUCAUCCUUGCAGUUUCUGUUAGUUUGUGUAUAAUAGUAGGUUUUUAUGCAAGCUUAAACACAUUCUUUUUCAUGGCAUCAGAGUGGACCUUAGUAAUUCUUAGGACGUUAUAUGUUUUAAUGAGGUACAUUUUGCAUUUAUAUGAUGUUACCCAUGAAGGAAUAUGGGAAAGAAGAGGUGUUUACAAUUAUUAUUGUGAAUUUGUAUUUGAGUUAACAAGUUAUAUAGUUGAUUUUCUUCAUCAUUUACAUAUGCUCUUGUGGGGUAAUAUUUUCUUAUCCAUGGCAAGUCUUGUAAUUUGUAUGCAGCUUAGAUGCUUGUUUAACGAAAUCCAGCGCAAGCUGAUACGGCAUAAAAAUUAUUUGAGAGUAUCCAAGCAUAUGGAAAACAAUUAUCCUCUUGCCACUAAAGAAGAACUGGAAGCUAACAGUGAUGACUGUGCUAUUUGCUGGGAUCGUAUGGAAACAGCUAGGAAGCUACCUUGUGGUCAUAUGUUUCAUACUUCUUGCUUACAUUCGUGGUUAGAACAAGUUUCAAACUGUCCUACUUGCCGUGUUGCACUUGCUCAAAGAGAUAACUCAGGUGCAGUCUCGGAUGUAAAUCGUAACAAUAUUCUUGGGCAGGAUGCACAAGGCCGAAAUCCUAACCCCACCACAAACCAUUUCUUUCAUUUUGAUGGUUCUCGCUAUGUCAGCUGGUUUCCUAGUUUUUCUGUGGAAGUUAGUCAUACAAGCUUGCUUGGAGGUAGACAUCGAAUUCCUAUACAUACAUCUCAGUUAGAUAAUAUGGUUCACCAAGUGCUUCAAAUGUUUCCUCAUAUGCCAUAUAAUCUAGUUCUAGAAGAUUUACUGAUAACACGCUCAGUUGAACUUACUGUAGAAAAUAUAUUAGAAGAGAGGCUUGUAGCUCCUACGACAACAUUAUUCCCAAUCACGCCUCCUCAGCCUGUAUCUAUUAGGUCAUUGCAUGUGAGUGUGGGGAGUGGAAACCACAGUUUUCCUAACGUAUCAUCUCCAGAUAGAGAGUCCAGUGAUAACAUCACUGAAGAGUCCACAAAUUCCUCACUUUCAGGUGCAACAUCUACUUCAAGUUCUGCAGAAGUACUGCAAGAUUCAUCUGUACAGACAAGGUUUGAGGGAUCUCGAUUUUCAAAGUGUUCUUUAGAACGAGAACAAAUGUUAUCUCAUCGAAAAGAAGAGCUUUUAAAAAAAGCAAGGAACAAAUAUAUUUCGCGCAUUGCUGUUGGAAGAAGGAGAAGUGGAAGUACAUCAACCACAUCAUCAAGUUCAUCUGAAUAAUAAAAGGUGUUUUUUGAACAGAGUUCUGAUGAACAAACAUUAUAUUAGCAUUUUCUUGAGAAUUGCUCACAAGUGUUGGCCAAAGUAUCAUUUGAAAGUAGUUCAUGUAGUAGUUUCAGUUGCUUUAAUUCAAAUGCAGAAAAAAAUCUUUUUAUGAACUUUUUUUAAUUACUUGAAAGCAGGGACACAGUUUCACGCCCCUUAAGUCUUUUAAUGAUUUAAUUUUGUUUAUUGUCAUGUUAUUUAACAGUUUUUUUGUGCUGUAUUAUAAAAAGCUUUAAAUAUAAGCAACCAGAAGAGCCUUUUAUUUUAUUUAUGUUUUUCUAAUAAAGUAAGUAGUAAAAAUUUAGCUCUAUGUUGCAAAAUCAUGGUUUUUUUUAGAAAUUGAAUAAAUGCCAACUUUCUGAAACCGUUCAUUGUGCUUUCUUUCCCCGUAAAAACAAAAAGCAGUUUACACUGUAAAUGGGGAAAUAUUGAUGAAAUUUUCUUCAAACCCUUCUUUCAAAUUUUUAUCAAAUGUUAAUGCCCAAUAAAAUUUAAUUAUGUCUUAUGCAUAUAUUCAGUGGUAUUUGUAAUUUUCCAGAUAUAUUUUAAUAAUUUAUUAAACUGUUUUGCUAAGUACAAAGUUGAAAAUAAUAAAUACACCCAGUAAGUUGAAAAUAAUAGUGUUCAUGGCUGUGAUAUCAAAAAUUUUCAACUAUGAAUUAUUUUACCAAUUUCUUUUUAUUCAGUGAAAAGAUUGUAGUGGAUUAUUAAACAUUUAUUCUUUCAAUCUGUCUCUUUUAUAUGUUUUGUUUAUGAAUAUCUAUCAGCCACUAUAAAUAUAGUUGCAAAAAGAAAGUAUAAAUUAAAAAGUAUAUUUUCUUUUAACGGUUUGUGUAAGUAUUGAAUUUUUUGUUAAGGAAUGUAGUAGCGGAUGUUAUAUUGUGUAAAGAGGUUUGAAUUUUAAGAAAGAAAGCAAUAUGUGUUGUACUUUCGUUUUUCUCCCCCUCCUCCAUGUCUUUUCUUUCUUUCUUUUUUCUUUUUUAAUUGAAAAUUUGGGAAUUCUUUUCUACUUUAUUCCAAAAAGCACAGUGUGUUUCCUAAAAGUUUUAACUUGAAUUAACUAACUAAAUUUUAAACUUUAUAUUUGAGGAAAAUAUAAGUAAUGCAUGAGAAUAAUAGUUAUUUACUAUGGAGAUAGUAAAGGUAUAUAAUUAUGAUAUCUUCCCCUUUCAGGUUAGAUUUUAGAUCAUGGUUGUUUUCAUAGGAUUUCUUUUGUAAUUUUGUUCAUUAUUUUAUUACGAAAGAAAUGUGUCUGAUUUUCUAGAAGUGGAUUGUUUUACUAAUGUAGUUCAGAUUUUUCUGUUUUAUUAUCAAAACUAAUUAUGUUCUUUUGUUUUAAAUAUUGCUCUUUUUAUGCUGUAUUAAAAAUUGUUGUUUUCCUUAUUUUGCUGUUUAUAAAGUUUAUUUUAAUCUUUAAUAUGAUAAACAGAUUUUUCAUAUACUUGGGGCUUAGUUCACUUGGCAUCCAUUUUUUUAAAUAUUUGAAACAUUUACUUUAAAUUAUAAUUCCUGAUUGUUUUUGCAAAAUAUAAACCAUUUUGAUAAGCACAUUCCGGAAUUUUGUAAACACCUAUAUAAAAGUAAUUGAAUGAGUUAUUUUGUAGCAAACAAUGAAAAAGGGUCUUUUCUAAAUUAAUCUUCCCUUCAGUGAAAAAUGUUGGUUUUGGAACCCUCUGUUCAUAAAGAAUUCUUAUUUGAGAAUGUAGUCUUUAUAGAAUUCCUUUUUAUGGAAAGAGUAAUUGUUUUGACUGUAGAAGGUCAUAAAGGCAAAGUGUUUUUAUUUGUUACAAGGUUAUGAUAAAUCUGUAUUUAAUCUGUAUUCAGUGAAAUCAUAAAGUAAUAUCAGUGAAAUCACAAUUUUCUUAGCAGUGUCUAAAUUACCUGUCUUUAUUAUAUUUUAUUAUAAUCUGUAUUUGUAAAAUAUAUAGUUUCUUGCUUUUUAACUUCCCUUUGGCUUGUAAUCUAAACUUGUCAAAUUCUAAACUAUACACAUGUGUGUUGACAUGUUCUAUUAAUUUUAGUUUAUGUAUAUUAUAAAAUAUUGUCUGAUAUGUUACAUAUAUUUUACUAUGUGAAUUAUUUAUGUCCCAGUUCCUUGGAAAAUGCUACAUAAAAAAGCUUGGAUUUGUAGCAUCAGCUUUGAGAUUUUGGUUUUAAUUCUGACAGCUCUAUUAAAAAUUUUCAUUUUAUUUUUUAGUCUGGCAUUUUUGUAUAAGUAAUGGGCUAAAUUGUGAUUAUUCUGAAAUCAGUUUUAUAUUUUGGCUUUAAAAUUGACUGGCAAAAUACAAACUGUUGAAUAAUUUGUCUUGUAAAUAUUAUGUUAUUCUUGUGAUACUUUCUGUUGAAGUUUUCUGUAGAAUAGUUGCAGGUGAAAAUAGAAAGAUGUAUAUAAUUUAAUGAAUGUUAAUUACAAGAAUUAAUGUUCAGUCGAAGUAUGAGUUCAUAAAAUUGAAGAGGAAAUUGAUUCUUCCUUUUUCUUUCAUAGCAAAUGUAAGCCUUACUAUUCUACAGUUUUGUUGCACAAAAACUAAAAUUUCACAGGGUUUUGUAUUGAAUGUGAAUGAUUUUUUAUUUACAUUUUUGGAAUUACAUUAGAAUUGCUUUGAGCUCCUAGUUUAGUUACAAGUAAUUUAGAUUACUAUAAUUUUUCCAUUUAUCAUUAAAGUUCUGUGCAAGUCAUACUUAUUUUUUAGAUAUACAAAUUUUUAAAGUGUGAAACUUAUGUACAAUUUGAAGUGGUUUGAAAAAAGUAAGGAUUUAUGAUAUCUAAGUGAUAUUUUAAAAAAUGCAUGAAAAUUAAAUUCAGUUAUAUUAGUUUUAACUGUAUAAUUUGUGAAAAAGUUAUUUCAUUUUAGUGUUUCUCAUAUUUAUGGAUAUUACUUUUAUUUAAUAUUCAUAAGUGAUGCUUAUCAUUCUAAAUGUUGAUAUUUUUAUUUUUCUCUUUCAUUUGUGCUGAUUGAGAAUCUGAUACAUACUCAGUUAAAUAAGUUUAAUUUCAUUGCAUUAUUUUUUAAUGAUAUGCAUUAUCUUUUAAAAAUUGUUUUCUAUGCCUUAUAAUAAGUCUUACUCAAGAUUAGUAAAAAUCUCUAGAAUUGUGUUUUACAUAUUUUUAAAAUUUGUACUCAUUUAAAAAUAAACAUAACUGAAGCUUUAAACUUCAUAGUAAAAAAAUAUAAAUACUUUUUAUUGUAAGAAACAUAAUUUCUAGUUAUAGUUUAAGUAAAAAUGUAUGUUGUUAAUUGCAGUGAAAUCCAUAACAGGAUAUUAAUUUAAUAAUGUUUUUCUUUGGAAUUUGAGCAAAAAGGUGUAUUUUUAGUAAUUGUUGCAUCCUAAAUUAGAUUUAUUUACAUAAAAAAAAAUUUGAAUAAGUUUUCUGGUAUAUGUUUUUAUUUGUAUUCAUAUAAAGGAAAGCAGGUGCUAAUUGCGUAUCCUUUCUUGUGUUCUUUAUUGAUUAAUAAUAAGAGUUUGGGGUUUUGUGCUGAUAUUGUGGGUGUCCUGAUUAUGUACUUUUGUUCUUUUGUGCAUAGUUGAGCUUCUAUUUCAGUUUCAUGUAAAGAUAAUAAAAAUAUGUUUUAUGUUUGUAAAAGAUAAAACUAGUCAUAUGGUAUAUGCUGAUAUUUUUGUGCAAAAUUUGUAGUUUAUAAAAAAAAUAUUUUUAGCCUGUGAUAAACUUGAUUUUGUACUUAAAUAUCUUAUUUGUAUGGGGGGGGGAAGAAAGGUUUAAACAGGUUUGUGUGCACUUUUUUUUUUAUUUAAAUACUUUUGUUUUUGGUAUUUAAAAAAUGUUUCUGUUAAUAAAGAUUGUUUGCUACUAGAAAGUA